AUGUCGUUCUUCGGCUUCGAUACCUCAUUGCCUCGCGAUAAGCCUGGAUCAGGAAAGAAGGGUAUAUUUGAGCACAAUGACGCUUUUGGUGGUUUGCAGCAGACACGAAAGUUGCAGGCUUUUCAAAAUACAGACGAUGAGAUUCUCGACUUCGACGAUACCUACGAUGGCCUUGGAGAUCAACUAGAGGAGACGGGCGAUGACCUCAAUGAUGACACCUUUGGCGGAGGUGCUGAGGGCAAUGCUACCCAAGGUAGUGUGGGCAAGGACUUUGAUUUUUUCGGCAAGACUGCUCAGGUAUCCAAGGCAAUCGACGAAGAAGGCAUGCGCUUUGGCCUGCAGCAACCGCCUCAAAGGGAGCCUCAGAGGCAGUCCAAACCUGCCAGGACUGGAUACGAAGUCUAUCAAGACCCUGACUAUAUCCCAGACAUUCAAGCCAAGUCGGGCUUCUGGAGCUCAAAACCGCAGCCACCGACCGUGCAAGGUGGGCAGGCAGGCUACGGCGAAGGACGUAUCAGCACUGCAAGAAUGCCUCCACCCGCGGAAAGAAGGAUGAUGAGCUUGGAAGAAGUAGAAGCUGCCAUGAGAGCUCAGCAACCUCCCCCUCCUCCCGGUCUUUUCUUACCUCAAGGCCCUCCUCCAGGGUUUCCACCCCAGCUCUCACAGCAGCCUCCACCUGUAAUGGCUCCUUUCCACCAACCGCCACCUCAGCAUCAAUCUGUGCCCCAGGUGUCACAAGCUCAGCAGCACAACCCUACCCCUUCACAGACACCUCUACAAAUCUUGCAAAAUCCAAACAGGGCAAGACAUUCACCUCAUCCCAGCCAAAGCCAGCAAUUGCAAGUCGGAAGUCUGCCUGUAUUAUCACAUCCAGACCAAUUACUACAGCUGUCGGAAGAUCAACGACGCGCCUAUCUGGAAGAAGAUGCCAAGCGCGCAAAGAGAAAUCACAAAAUUUUCCUGCUUUCUAAGGGGAACGGCAUGAUGACACCACAAGACAAGAGCUUCAUCACACGUAUCCAGCUUCAGCAACUUGUAGCCGCUACUGGAAACGCGACAGACUCGGAUACUGAAGCAAUGCUGGCUGAAGACUUCUACUAUCAAGUCUAUAGCCAGAUUAGAGGUGCUCCUCGACAACAUCCAACUCAGCCGUUAGGUCACUUCGCCCAGACAUAUCUUUUCCAGACUGGUGGGCGUAUGAACAAUCGCAGAAACGCUCUCAAUGGCGAGAAUCACAUGCAACGUAUGCAGCAACAAGUUCAACGUGCCGUUGAGGCCGCGAAGCUAAAGCCAAAGAACAAGCAGCUUAUUAUCGAAGGAAGUCUGGGAAAGAUAUCAUUCAGCAAUGCGAAGACACCAAAGCCUUUGCUCAAUCUCAAGAGACAAGAGUCAACCGACUCCAGACCCGCAUCAGCGCGACGCCACACUACCCGUGGCACCGACCGAAAGACAAUUCUCAAGAAUAUCGAGGCAGUCUACAGUGACCUUAUGGCCAUGGAAGAUCAAGAACGAAAGAUGCCUCCGCCACCUACGGACGACCAACCUGAGAGUGUACAAGCACAUGACGAAUGGCGGGCAGAAAUCACUCGACUCAACCAGAAGCUCUGGUCUGAUCUGAAGAUAAUGGAGCCGAUCAUUCCCGGUGCCCUUGCUACUCAUCCGUUCAUCGCCUUCCUGUCUUUCACUAAAGGAAAGAAGGCGAUACCCAGAGUCUUUCGUCAGAUAGACCAGGAACAACGGGUCACAAUAUUGACUAUGGUUAUUGUCCAUCUCGAUCAGCUCGAUGUGAUCCGCAACGCUAUACCUCCAAUAACCGAAGACGCCUCACAAUGGUCACCGCCGGCCCAUGUGAGAGAAGAAAUCGAAACAUGGUCACAGGCUGUACAGCCAUCAUUAAUGGGUUACAUUAGUGAAGCUCCAAUCAACAUCAUGAUUGGUCUUCUUCAGAUCCUCAUCGAGCAAACGAACAUGAUCAAUGUCGCGAGGACUCGUGUCGGGGUGACUUUCCUUACCCUGCUUCUCUCUCGUGCUGAACUUGCCAAAGACUCUGGAGAAGUUACAGAUGCUGAAUGGUCACAAUGGGUCAGUCACUACAAUCGUUUGUUCGAUACAUUGGAGCCAGUAUUGCCCCAUCUAUUCCCUGGGGCUGUCAACGUCGGUGACGAUAUGUACGUCUGGCAGUUCUUGGCAGCUGUCGGAAUUGGUGCUAGCCCGGAACAGCAACAACGUUUGGUCAUCGCGGUAAAGGAUCGAGUGAUGGAUACAGUCAGCCAGAGUCGAGCCCUACCAGCAGAAAUGAAAGGGCAGAGACUUGGCAAUGUGAACUUGUUCAUGAGAGCUAUUGGGUUGGACGUUGACAUGUUGGGCUGA